AUGGGAUCGCUGAAUAGAUCUAAAAGUUUCGAAGAGUAUAUAAACGAAUACUAUUCGAAGCAAAGAGUAGUCGGCAAUUCCGUUCCGAUAGGACUUUUUGCGUUUGGAACUACACAGCUCAUUUAUUCUUUAUAUCUUAUUCAAAUAGCCAAUAUAACUAAUCCUCAGGUUGGACUUGGUUCCGCUUUAUUUUAUGGUGGUCUUAUUCAA